UUUCGAGGUGCCGCGUUACACUCCCACAGCCCGGCCAGCUCCUGCACUUUAUUACCGCCGCAUCUAUUCAGCCUUCAUUUGCUGUCGCAACUAAUUGCUGGAAAACGUGCUUUGCCGCUUGUGUCGCUUGUUGGCCUUUGCUUUGCUGUUCCGUUUCCCAUCGGGAUGUGGAGUAACAUAUCUAUGUGACGGCGAUUCCAAGCCUUAAUUUCAGUCCUCAAGCCUUGAUAGUUAAUACGAGAAAGUAUAUUGUAAAAAAUGAACCCACCGUGCGCACGAUGUGGGAAAAUAGUGUACCCGACUGAAAAAGUGAACUGCUUGGAUAAGAACUGGCACAAAGGAUGCUUCCACUGCGAGGUGUGCAAGAUGACCCUGAACAUGAAGAAUUACAAAGGCUAUGAGAAGAAGCCCUACUGUAGCGCGCACUACCCGAAGCAGUCCUUCACCAUUGUGACCGACACACCAGAAAAUCUGCGUCUGAAGCAGCAGAGAGAACUCCAGAGUCAGGUGAAAUACAAGAAGGACUUUGAGGAGAGCAAAGGCAGGGGAUUCAGCAUCGUCUGCGACACGCCGGAGCUGCAGAGACUGAGGAAAAGCCAGGAGCAGAUCAGUAACGUAUGCAGGGUCGGCGAAGACAUGGGAAGACGGAAUGCUGGGAUCUGUGCUCGGCCCCGUGAGCGUGCGUGUGUGUGUGUGCGUGUGUGUGGGGAAAGGUGCAUUUUGUCAAUGAGGGAGACACACACAAAAAAUGCUGAGUGAU